AUGGCGGGUGAUGAUGAUCCCAAUUCAUCCGUUCAUGAAGAAGACGACGAUGAUGAUAAGUUCUAUGAUCCAUACAAUGACUUUGGUCAUCUCACUGAAGAAGAACUCAACAAUGUCAUGUCUGAUUCUAACCCUAAUCUGAUGGACAUCGACUUCACCGACUCCCAAAACCCUCCUCCUUCUCCUCUUGCACCACAAGAUUCUAACAUGGAGAUUAACGAAACGCAGAUGUUGCAAGAACUCUCUCUUAACAUCCCUAAUGGCGAAGACAACUCUGCGUAUGAGUCUUUCGACGAUAAUCUUUACCUCUCUUGGGAAAUGUUUGAACCACCUAAUGAUGAUGCGACCAGCAACAAUGUCCAAGGAGAGACUGGUGGUAAUGAUACUGGAGAUGAGAACAAUCUUGUAGUGAUUGAUAGAACUGAAGUGAGUACACUAGUUCUCGGGGAAAAUGGUAUGAACUUUGUUGUUGGGAAUGGGAGACUUGAAGUGAGUACUCGAGUUUUCGGGGAAAAUCCUACCAACUUUGAGAUCGGUGGUCCAUCAACGAGGCCAGUCCCGGUUACACCGACCAUACAUAUCGGAAUCUUGAUAUGCUCUUGUUGUCAACCCCUUCGCGGAGUGGUUCAUACCAAUGGUCUGGAGAUCGCGAGACUCGAUAUCUAUGGUGAGACUGGUUCUUUCUGCCAUGCGGUUCUCGAAACUCAUCCGUUUGGUGAUUCUAACAGACGUGAACAUCAAUCAUUGGUUUUGAAAGAUAUGAAGAUGGAGGACGUGCAGCGUUUUAUAGAAAACUAUCUCUCGGAGAGAGAAGUAAAUGGUUUUAGACUUGUUCAUGACACCAAUGCUGCCCUGAGUUCAUUUUAUCGAGCAAUGAAUGCUGGUCCCACCAAUAACCAGCGUCCUAUGUUGACAAUGCCACCGGCGACUGAUGUUCCUAUGGCUUUGGCUAUGCCUGAUGCAUCGCUUAAUGUUCCACCCGUGCCGCGGUAUGUUCCACUGAGAGAUAUUGAACCCACCGGGAAUGUGAAAGUAAGGCAAAGGAGGAACACUCCUCUCGCUGCUCAGAGAGAAAGAACUGGGAGAUUGACACUGGACGAUGUUAAGAAGUACUUUCAUCUACCAAUCGAACAUGCUGCUCGGAGAAUGGACGUUUGCCCUACAGUUCUCAAGAAAAUCUGCAGAAGAGGUGGACUUCCGAGGUGGCCAUACCGCAAAAUAAAGAGCCUCCAGAGGAAGAUUGCAGCAUUGAAGGAGGAGGUACUCAAGGCAGAGGAUCCCGAAGCAAAGGCGGAAGCGGAAGAGGAGAUCGUGAAGCUACAUGAAGAAAUCAAGCAGAUUUGUGAAGAAGCUAUGCAGAACUCGAAGGAUUCGUCGUCCUAA